AUGGCGUUGCCGGCUGGGGCCGCCCCGCUGCCAUAUUGUGGUGGUCUCGCUCAAGGUCUGUAUUGCAAAUUUGCUUUUCAAAUUUUUUUACCUUUUGCCAUGGCUCGUCGUGAUCGUCUGCUGUUCGUGCUUCCGGUUACAUUUGCAAUCCUUGGAACAUGGCAAUUAUGCAGGCAUUACGAAAAGAAAGAAAAAUACGAUCGGCUGAACAGAGCUUUGGCAACAGAUUGUGAUCCUGUUCUUGUUGAUCGGAAAUCUAAACUUCAGGGACUCACGGAGGGAGAACCUGUUAUUUUACACGGGUAUUUUGCCCUAACUCCCGUUCCAGGUUAUUAUGACAUAGCCUUCUUGGGCCCAAGAAUAUCCCCGCAGGAGUCCACCAAUCCCGGAUUGGGCUACCACAUUAUUAAGCCAUUCAGGCUUUCUUUUGACGCUUCCCCGAUUCUCCUCAAUCUUGGUUGGGUAUCCCGGGAGCUUUUUCUUACCGAAACUGUUGCCACCGACGGUUCUUUUCAUUCCUCAAAGUACGGCACAGAUUUGGCAUCAAGACUUGGGUUAAAUGAUGGCAAGUUGAGAUCCCUGCUCGCUAUAGUUCUCCCAGAAUGGUAUGGACCCGUUCAAAAGAAAACCGACAUCUUUUUCUUUUACAGCCAGAAAAAAGAGUUAGGCGACGCUCUUGGUUUGGCCAGCGAACAGCCGUUUCUUUUCAAGGUCAUUGACAGCGACGAGAGCUCGCCUCUGAUGGUUCCAAACUCUACCGAGCCAGCGCGGAUAGUCCCCCAUUUGCAAUACAUGGCCACCUGGUUCGCAUGCGUACUCAUCCAUAGGUAUGUCCUUGCCGUGCUCACAGGUGCCGCUUGCCUUUGUCUUUGA